UCAAUGGACAGAGCAUGUGUCCCAAUUACUUAUCAUCUGUUCGCUAGAUUGACCCAUAACAGACCUGGACGAGGUACCAUCAUGUCGGCGUUGUUCGUAUUCGGAUUGUUGACAUUGCUGUCCUUUGCGAGCUGCAACCAACUGGACUUGAUUCAGCGCUUGGACGAUCUUGAAAAUGAAUGGCGCCAGGCUGAAGCUGUUGUGUCACAGCAGGCUAGUGAAAUACAGUCUCUAACAGCCCAACUGCGAACCAGAGAAAUUUCUGUUGGUCAACUCAAACACAGCAUAUCAAGACGCCAAGCUACUGACCAAAUUUACGGAUUCACGGCAAGACUUAGUCAGAAAAUUGCCCACUUAAACACUCAACAGGCCAUUGUGUUUGACCAGGUACUCACCAAUGUUGGGGCAGCAUAUGAGCCAUCAACUGGCAUUUUCGUAUGUCCUUACAGUGGGUUGUACGAAUUUGCAGCAACUAUCGUUUCAAAUGGUGACCAGAAAAAUCUGGACGCUGAAAUAGUCAAGAACGGAAAUCGAUUAGCACGCCUUCAUUCGACCAUCUAUGGAUUUGACCAGGGGACACAGGUAGUCAUCGUCCAAUGUGAAGAGGGCCAGCGUGUCUGGGUACGCCAUUUUGGGACUGCUGAUACCCCCGUUUUGCCUGGUGGAUACAGCACAUUUGCCGGCCAUCUUAUCCACAUCGACUAA